AUGACGACAGCAUCGCGCAACGUCUUCUUCGCGAGCCCCAUUUGCGGCGUGACGCGCCCGACGCGCACGGCACUGCACCUGGCCAGCCAGCGCGGCUGGACGUCGCUGGUCGAGGCACUUCUCGAUGACAACGUCAGCGUGCUCAAUACGGCUGGCGACACGCCAGCGAGCGUCGCGCUAUUGGCCUACGAGUACGACCUCGCACUGCGCUUCUUUUGCGACUUUGGCGCCGACGGCAAUACCGUCAUGGUAUUCUUUCUAGGUCAAAGGCUAUGA